GACAAAAAAAUAAUAAAAGAAAAAGAAUCUAGUAGUAGUAAUUCUUCACCUUUUUGUCCAGAAUUUUGGCUUCAAAAUAAUCAAACAAAGUCUGAAAAAGAAAUUUUUGAAAUGGCUAAUAAUAAUCAGAAUAUUAUUGAUAGUAGAAGUAGUAGUGGAAUUGGUGAUUCUGAAGGUGAACAAAGUGGAAUUGAAUGUGUUGGGGAAAGUAGUAUAUUACGUUUUAACCAAUUUUCUGGCACAUCAUCAACUUCUUAUCCACCCCCUCGACCUCCACCCCCACCAAUAAUGUGGAGAAGUAAAAGCAUUGAACAAAACCAAAUAAAUAAUUCAUUAACUUCUUCAUUUAAUCAUUCAAACGAGACAGAAGAAAAUAAAGAAGAAAAGGAAGAAUCUCAACGUGUUCUUGAUGAAAUAUGUUGGUUUAAAAAUGAAUUAGAACGUAUGAAUGUUGCUUUAAUGUCUGUUGAUGAUGAUAAUGAUAAUAUAGAACAACAACAAAAUAAAAAUAAUGAUGAAUGUUUAGAAAAAGUUUUUGAAGAAGAAGACCCUCUUUUUGUUGAAACUUCAAAUAUUACAAAAACAGAAUUGGCUAGUACUUUUGCAACAAAAAGUGAAGAAAAAGAGGAAAAUUUGUUUGUUGAUUCAUGGUCAAUUUGUCAGGAAAAACAAUUGCAACAAAAUUUAGAGGACCAAAAAAGGAAUUUUGAGGGUUAUUUAAUGGAGCAAAAAAGUUUUGAAAGAAAAGAGGAAUUUAAUAGAAAUGAAAAUAUUUUUGAUAUUGAAAGUGCUAACGAUGAUUUUGUUGUGGAAAUUGCUGCCAGACAGGAAAGCAACAUCGAUUGGCCUGAAAUUGCUCCGCAGAAAGCUUUUUCGGACUUUAAUAAAUUUUUAUUUGACGAAAUACGAGGUGGACAAGAGCGGUGGAAUUCCCAACACUAUUGGGAAACACAGACAGGAGGGCUACAGGAAGGGCCAAGUGACUGGACAAUGAGAGAGGAAAUGAAAAGCAUGGAUGAGGAAAAUGCCAAUAAUGGGAGAGAUAGGUUGGAGGUAGAAGAAGGUAACGAGACGGAAAAAAGGGAAUAUUUAGUGGAAGGAGAAAGAGAAGCUAAAGAAGAGUUAGUGGCAGCUAUUGACAGCCGGCAAGAGUGGUUGUCUCGAGAAUGUGAAACUAGAGGGGAAGAAAAUGAAGAAUAUUUAAGAGAAGAGUCUGAAAAAGGGAAUGGGACAGAUGAAGAUGAAGAAAUAUUUAUUAAAAAUAUAGCCGUUGAUAGCAUAAACAGCGUUAUGAGAGAAGAAAACAAUUUACAAAAUACUGCAAGUUUAGACAAAAUGGAAGAGAAUAUAGAAAAUAUAAUGGCCACACAAAGUGCUGCCAAUAUCGAAACUUUGCCUUUAUAUGACCAGCAAGAAAGGUUAGAAGCUGGCAGCAAGCAAGAGCCAUUGCCCUCUGUCCUAACUUCCUCUCGAAUUUCGUAUUUUCCCACGUCAGAUGAGUUGCCUAUAGAACCAAAUUUAACUACAGAAUUUACUUUUCCGCCCUCUUUCAUUGACCCGGCAGCUUCUUCAAUCUUCCCACGCAUUAUCGAAAAAGACGAUAAUUUUGGUAGUAAUAUUUUGUUGGAUGAAAGGCAACAAAAACAAAUUUUGGCGGAACUAAUUGGAAGCCAAUAUUUAGAGAAAAAACAACAAAAAGUAGAAGCAAAAGACUUUAAUGAAAGAAUAAACGUUUUAGAAGAAGAAAAAAUAGAAGAAGAAAGCCAAAAAUAUUUUAGGCGAGUAUUUACUUAUAAAAAAACUUUAAAGUAAAUAUUUAAAAAUAAAUGGCCAAAAAUAUUUAUAUUAUUUUUGUGUAUAAUAUAGUCAAUACCAAAGGAGCUUUUCCUUUUCCCCUUUAUUUUUUUUUAUUUUUUUCUUUCCAAACAAAUAGGGCCCCCUUUCCAUUACCCAAAACAACCAUUGAGUAAUUCCCCAAGGGAAUAACGCGCACAUUGUCCAUUUUUCCAAUUUCAGACUUUUAGCUAACGCCUUUACUUUUUU